AUGGACCACCUGGAUGACACUCCGUACGAAGCUUACGGCUGCUACACGCAACACAAAGCGGCCGACGCUCGGCGGAUAAGGCGCCAAAGGCAUCCUCCCUUUCAAGCACGACUUGCUCACGAUCAAUUCAUGAAGACCUACCACAAGGCAUGGCUGGAUACGUAUGUCGACGGUAAAGUGGGCCCUUACAUGUCUCUCCUGCGCUUGUGCCAGUCGUUUUCCGCACGCCACCGCUUCUUGCAACGCGUACCAUGCUACAUGAAGCUCCCAGAACUCGACAUGGUGCUCAUCCAGAAUGACUUUGCAGCGGCGUUUUGGAACAAACGUUGGCGUCAUGGGUCCAUUCAAUUAACUGCUUCGCACCUUGUGGCUCGAAGAAACCCCGUGGUCACUUCAGGUGAAAAGCGCUUGGCCAUGAUCAAGCGAUCGAUCAAAGGAUUUCUGCCGACGCGAUCAAGAAGUCCUUAG